GAUUAUGACUUGGGUACACUUGCUUAACAGUAAAGCGAUCAAUUUACAAAUCCUAAUCAGUAGUAGCUGUUUGCGUUGUUAAUGGAGACAAAUCUGCAAUCUCCCCUCAUUUCCGCAAUCCACAUACCCCAUUCUUGGUUGCAUCGCCGACAAAAGUCAAUUCCACUCAAUUCUCCUCUCUCUUUCCACCACUUGAUCACUAUCUUGUGCGCAUGACUCACGAAUUCCGUUAAUUCCCCAAAUUCCAAUUCCUGAAAUCCAGCAGCUUACAGACAUGGCCGCAGCGGAGGGGAUUGGGAAGAGAGUGCUCGACGAAGGCUGGCUGGCGGCGCGCUCCACGGAGGUUCACUUCACCGGAGCCGAGCUGACCACCUCUCACCCUCCUACCUCCGAUCAGCCCCCCUGGAUGGAAGCUGUCGUUCCUGGAACUGUUUUGGCUACCCUUGUGAAGAACAAGCUUGUGCCUGAUCCCUUCUAUGGUUUGGAGAAUCAGGCAAUAUUGGAUAUUGGCAACUCUGGAAGGGAAUAUUACACCUUCUGGUUUUACACAACGUUUGAGUGCAAGUUGUCUACGAAUCAACACGUGGAUCUAAACUUCCGUGCUAUAAAUUAUUCCGGGGAAGUUUAUUUAAAUGGACACAAAGAGUUGCUGCCUAAGGGGAUGUUCCGAAGACAUUCAAUUGAUAUAACCGAUAUUCUGAAUUCAAAUGGUAAAAAUUUGCUUGCUGUCCUGAUUUAUCCUCCUGAUCAUCCUGGAAAAAUUCCCCCUGAAGGUGGUCAAGGUGGUGAUCAUGAGAUUGGGAAAGAUGUUGCGGCUCAAUAUGUAGAGGGUUGGGAUUGGAUGGCUCCUAUAAGAGAUAGGAACACUGGCAUCUGGGAUGAGGUGUCUCUUUCUAUUACUGGGCCAGUGAAGAUAAUAGAUCCUCACUUAGUCUCCACAUUCUUUGACAAUUACACUAGGGCCUACCUUCAUACAACAGUGGAGUUGGUGAAUAAGAGCAGCUGGGUUGCUGAGUGCUCUGUGAAAAUCCAAGUUGGGACUGAACUUGAAGGGGAUGUUUUCCUGGUAGAGCAUGUUCAGACUCAGCAUCUGUCCAUUCCUGCUGGAUCCAACGUGCUAUAUACAUUACCUGAGCUAUUCUUCUACAAGCCCAACCUUUGGUGGCCCAAUGGAAUGGGAAAGCAAUCUCUUUAUAAUGUACAAAUAACAGUUGAUGCAAACUAUCAUGGAGAGUCUGAUUCUUGGAGUCAGCAUUUUGGGUUCCGCAAGAUUGAAAGUCACAUAGAUACUGACACUGGUGGAAGACUAUUUAAAGUCAAUGGAGAGCCAAUAUUCAUCCGAGGUGGUAAUUGGAUACUAUCAGAUGGGUUGCUACGGCUUUCAAAGAAACGCUACAGGACAGAUAUUAAGUUUCACGCUGACAUGAAUUUCAACAUGAUGCGCUGUUGGGGUGGUGGAAUUGCUGAAAGGCCUGAGUUCUAUCAUUACUGCGACAUCUGUGGUGUUCUGGUUUGGCAAGAGUUCUGGAUAACUGGAGACGUUGAUGGACGAGGUGUUCCAGUAUCAAAUCCCAAUGGUCCUCUGGACCACGAUCUUUUUUUGUUAUGUGCUAGAGACACUGUGAAGCUGCUAAGAAAUCAUCCUAGUCUUGCUCUAUGGGUUGGAGGUAACGAGCAAGUUCCCCCGGAAGAUAUCAACACGGCUUUGAAAAACGAUCUACAGCUUCAUCCUUAUUUCGAGAGUCCUGUCAACUGUAAGCAUUCUGUGGAGGAGAUUUUCCCGAUUUCAAAGGAUCCUAGCCAGUAUCUAGAUGGAACCCGUAUCUACAUCCAAGGAUCCAUGUGGGAUGGCUUUGCUAAUGGGAAGGGGGACUUCACUGAUGGUCCCUAUGAAAUACAAUAUCCUGAGAACUUUUUCAAGGAUGACUUCUAUAAGUACGGCUUCAAUCCCGAGGUUGGUUCGGUGGGAAUGCCUGUUGCGGCUACUGUUAGAGCCACGAUGCCCCAAGAGGGUUGGCAGAUUCCUCUAUUUAACACGUUGCCAAAUGGUUACAUCGAGGAAGUCCCCAAUCCUAUCUGGCAGUACCAUACAUAUAUACCAUAUUCAAAACCAGGGCUGGUUCAUGAUCAAAUUUUACUAUACGGAACACCUAAAGAUCUCGAUGACUUUUGUCUAAAGGCGCAACUGGUUAACUACAUCCAGUACAGAGCUCUCUUAGAAGGUUGGACCUCCCGAAUGUGGAGCAAGUACACGGGUGUCUUGAUCUGGAAAACGCAAAACCCUUGGACAGGUCUACGGGGCCAGUUCUACGAUCAUCUCCACGAACAAACAGCGGGGUUUUAUGGUUGUCGUUGUGCUGCAGAACCAAUUCAUGUCCAGCUAAAUCUGUCUACAUAUUGGAUAGAGGUAGUGAACACCACGUCCAAUGAUCUGUCCGGCAUGGCUAUAGAAGUCUCGGUUUGGGAUCUGGAAGGAGCAUGCCAGUACUACCAAGUCUUUGAUAAGUUCGCUGCACCAUCUAAGAGAACGACACCUACCUUUGAGAUGAAAUAUCCAAAGUCUGAGAGCCCCGAGCCUGUUUAUUUUCUUCUCCUCAAGCUCUAUAAGAUGUCAGACUACGAGAUCUUAUCCAGAAACUUUUAUUGGCUGCAUCUGCCUGGUGGCAAUUACAAGCUUCUGGAACCAUACAAACAGAGACAAAUCCCCCUCAAGAUCACUUCUCUGACUUUCAUUAGAGGAUCCAGCUACGAGGUAAGGAUGCAUAUCGAGAACACAUCAAAGAAGCCAGAUUCAAGAAUCCUACGGCAUGGAAACAGAAAUCUGGAUACGUCAGUGUGUCCCAAGAGUGAGGAGGAGGCUGAUAAGAGCUUGUUUGGGAAGAUGUUGAAGCACUUUUCGCAUAAAGACAGUUGUGCUCGUGUUGUUGAAAUCAGUGGAAGUGAAACUGGGGUUGCCUUCUUCCUUCAGCUCUCUGUUCAUGCUUCAGGGGAAGACAAGAAAGACACUCGGAUCUUGCCAGUUCAUUACUCGGACAACUAUUUCUCAGUUGUACCGGGGGAGGUGAUGACGGUGAUCCUGAACUUUGAUGUCCCUGAGGGUGUCACGCCCCAGGUUAUGAUCAACGGUUGGAACUUCCAAAGCAGGCUUACCGUUGGCUAGCUGCUGUUUGAAGCACAAAUCAUGGAUGUUGACAUCCUUAGACUAUGAUCAGUGCGGAGAGUGUUGUAUAAAUGUGUUUGUACGCCUAUCUACGUCUAUGUAAUCUGUAUGUUAUGAGUGUACACUAUUAAGUGUGAAGAACUAAUAAUUGUUUCAUACCAUCUAACCUACAAUACAUUGAUUGGCUAUUUUUUUA